AUGAUUCUGACCGUUUCUGAUCAAUCAAGUACUGCUCUUCACAUUCUUCUACAUUGCAAUAUCGCUUAUUCAAUACUGUGGUUUAUUCUUGAAAUUCUAAUUUUUAUUUUUAAAUUCUACCAUUUAGCAUAUGCUCCUAAUGCAUUUGGUGUUGAAAUUUCUUCUGUAUUUAUGCUCCUCUUUAAUGAAUGUAUUCGACAUUAUUUUGGGAUCAAAGGCAAUUUAAUGUUACAAACUGUUCUUCUGAUUAUUUUUAUUAUAUACGGAAUUUUUUGUGCAGUUGGCUUCGUCUUCUUUCUUAUAUUGCAAUCGUACGUUACGCGUUUAGAAGUUCUACUUUCAGGAAUAGGUUUAGCAUUGAUUUUGAUUGGAAUUAUACUCAGCAUUAUAACACUUAUUCGUGAUAGCCGACCGAUGCCUGUAUUAACAAGAGAGCAGAAGAUCGUACGAUUACAUCAAGCACAAAAACGAUUUCAAGAAUCGAUUCAAAAUGAAUAG